GUUUGCGGGCAGCGUUGUAGGUGGUGUUGUGCGUGGCGCUGAGUGCGCGUGGGGUAUAGAGUAUACGUGUUGUGUCCGCUAAUUUUUCCCGUGUGCGGUACUGCUCGGCCCGUUUAUUUACGUAGCGUCGCGACGCGUGCGGAUAUCGGAGCGUGUGCCAGCGGUCGUCGACGACGUCGGGAAGCGCGGUAACGCGCGGGGAUAACGCGCGAUAAUCCGCCGCCACGCCGUUAACAAGCCGCGCAUCUCGAGAAUUCUCAGACGCAAGGGCGACUCACACACGGCUAAAUGCGCCUCCCAUUCCCGUGGAGGUUGUUGUUUACGGGCAGGCCCGCGCCGUCGGACGGACGUGCGGUGCGCGACUUCUCUUAGGUGCGCGACGUGUCCUUCCCCCCUUCUCCUCCGCGCCGUCACAACAGUGCGACUCGACGCGUCCGCGCUGUGCCGCGCCAAGCGCGUGCACUCCUGCCGUGUUUUAUAACCUGACAAACACGAGCGAGGUCCUGUAUCACAUCUCCUGUUUAUUAUCAUGCCAUCGCAUCUUUGAUGAAACAUUUAUCAAGCGGUAAGGUUGCCCGCGCCGUGCCUCGUCGCUUGGCUCUUUGUCUCGAUUCCGCGAAUUAUUGCGUCUCUCGCGUGAUCCCACCACCGUGAAGCAUCAACCAUUGUUUAGAAUCCAUUGAUACUCGUCCAGGGCUGGGUUCAGUUGCAUCAAAUAUAUCAUUUUAGCUUUUAAACAAAGGUGCAUACUUAAUUAAAGAAUACCAAAAUGUGGCCGACGCAAAGUAAUAAUAAUAAUACAAAUACGAAUCCUACGUCGAGUGAAAAGAACAAUUUACGCACUCUAGGGAUGACAUCCGCUAUCAGUGUAGCUGAACCUAAACCUGUGGACAUUUCCAGAACCAACGAAUUGAAAGAGGCCCUGAAACCCUAUAAUGUUUUUGAAUCAGAAGAAGAGUUGAAUCAUAGGAUGGAGAUUUUAAGCAAAUUAAAUGCAUUGGUUAAACAAUGGAUAAGGGAUACGAGUAUAGCUAGAAAUAUGCCACCUAAUGUAGCCGAACAAGUUGGUGGUAAAAUAUACACAUUUGGUUCAUAUAGGUUAGGUGUACAUCACAAAGGCGCCGAUAUUGAUGCAUUAUGUGUUGUACCACGUCAUAUAUAUAGAUCAGAUUAUUUUACAUCCUUUUUUGAAUUAUUGAAGAUGCAGGAAGAAGUUACAGAUUUAAGGGCAGUAGAAGAAGCCUUUGUACCGGUGAUAAAAAUGAACUUUGAUGGUAUAGAAAUUGAUAUGCUAUUUGCAAAGUUAACUCUUAAAGAAAUUCCAGAUUCAAUGGAUCUCAGGGAUGACAUGCUACUAAAAAAUCUUGAUCAAAAGUGUGUCAGAAGUCUCAAUGGUUGCAGAGUGACAGACGAAAUAUUACGUUUAGUACCUAAUAUAGAAAAUUUCAGAUUAGCCCUUAGGGCUAUAAAAUUAUGGGCAAAACGACAUGGCAUAUACAGCAAUGUCUUAGGUUAUCUCGGUGGCGUAUCUUGGGCAAUGUUAGUUGCGCGAACAUGUCAACUUUAUCCCAACGCCGUGGCUGCAACUUUAAUAGAAAAAUUUUUCCUUGUAUUCUCUCAAUGGAAAUGGCCACAACCAGUACUUUUAAAACAACCUGACAAUGUUAAUCUGGGUUAUCCAGUUUGGGAUCCAAGAGUAAAUGUAUCAGAUAGAUAUCAUCUGAUGCCGAUAAUCACACCUGCAUAUCCUCAACAAAAUUCUACUUUUAAUGUAUCCGUAUCGACCAGAACCAUCAUGCAAGAAGCGUUUGAAAAUGGUUUAGCCAUAACCGAAGAGAUUAUUAUGGGUAAAGCAACGUGGGACAAGUUGUUUGAGCCACCAAAUUUUUUUGGCAAAUACAAGCAUUACAUUGUAUUAUUAGCCAAAAGUUUAAGUGCCGAGGAUCAACUUGAAUGGUGUGGUCUUGUCGAGUCAAAAAUACGACACUUAAUAGGCAUGUUGGAAAGGAAUCCUCAUAUUACUUUGGCACACGUUAAUCCGGAGGCGUUCCCACCAUUGAACCCCGAAUCGGGCAAGCAGUGUUCUAUGUGGUUCAUCGGCCUGGCUUUUGCUAAGUGUGAAAAGAACGAAAAAAGCGAAAAGGGUGAAAAUAUCAAUGUUGAUCUCACAUACGACAUCAAAUCCUUUGUGGAUACAGUUGAAAGACAAGCAGAACAAAUAAAUAUGUUUAAGGAAGGAAUGUGGAUUGAAGCUAAACAUGUAAAAAGAAAGGAUUUGCAUACUUACGUAUCUCCAAGUUUGUUGAAAAAAGAGAGAAAGGCUUCUAGCAGUGUGCAUAGGAAUGGCAAUAUAGCUGGAAAUGGAAACAGUGGCAGUGUUUCGCCGCGAAAUCAAGGUGAUACAAGUGGCAGGAAGAGAUUAUCAGAUCAGACACUUGAUGCGAUUGGGAAGAAACGACGAAUUAAUGAGGCGGAAGAGCAAACGGAGAAUUCAACGUUAGUGGUUCAAUCUUGCGGGGAAGAUAGCAAUUCUGGCUUCAGUAUGGAUGAAUAUAAACAAAAUCUAUCAACUAAUAAGGACGAAGGACCUACUGGUGCAACUACAGUAGCUCAGGAAGGAUUUGUCUGCACUUGAUGAUCAUCGUGGGAUUACUAUCUUACUUGAAUCCAUUGAUGCUCCUCUGGAUCAUCUAGACUGUAAACAUUUCUCAUGCAACCAUCCACUGCCCACUGUAAGUCCUUCGUUUCGUAAAUGCAAAAGCGUCACGCAAUGGUGGAAGCUAUCCAGGUGGAAUCAAUCAAUUGAUGACAAUUUCUGUGUUUAUGUGAGACAUAACUAAUAGUAUUUAUAAAAAGAAAAAAACAUCGACAGUCAAUGGGAACAAUUACGCUGAAAAUUUAUGCGAUUGUGCCAGUGUCUGUGAUGUCAUUUAUAUCACCAUAAUAAUAGUUUUGAGAUACAUAGCGAAAAGAAUUUGCCAUCGUGAAGGAUAAAUCUAUUUCACUUGGAAACAAAAUAAUAACCAUACUUUUUAUAUUUCCUUUUUGUAUAUAUCGUUUACAUUAUUCUUUUUUUUAUCGAUAAAUACUUGAACAAGAAGCUUAAGAUUUGAUAAUACAUGAUGUAACAUAAUUUUACAUAAUUUACAUGACGAACGGGAAUAGUUUGAUCGAGAAAAUUACAUGUAUGGAAAUUUUCGUAUUUGCGAAUGUUUCCACAUGUUAGAAAAAAAAA